AUGCCCGCCCUGCAGCAACCACGUCGCGCGCUGGUCGUCUACGGCUCCGAGACAGGCAAUGCCCAAGAUGUGGCCGAGGAAAUGGGGAGGAUCGCUGAACGCCUACGGUUCGACACCGACGUUGCUGAGCUGAACGCCAUCAGUCUUAAACAAUUGUUGCAGCAUGAUGUUGUUUUGAUUGCAAUCUCCACCACGGGCCAGGGUGAUCUGCCCCCAAACAGUCAGAAAUUCUGGAGAGCCAUUAGAAGCGCUCGCUUACGCCCAGGAUGUCUGUAUCAGAUGAAGUUUGCCUCGUUUGGCCUGGGAGACACAUCGUAUCCCAAAUAUAACUGGGCCCAUCGUAAACUCUAUAAUCGCCUCAUUCAACUCGGAGCCCAGGCGAUAUGUGACCGUGGUGAAUCUGAUGAACAGCAUCCAGAGGGUAUCGAUGGCUCAUUCCUUCCCUGGUCUACCAAACUUCGGCAACACCUCCUGGAAACGUAUCCUCUUCCAGACGGCGCUGAACCAAUACCGGACAAUGUUCUCCUAGACCCCAAAUGGCUACUUGAAAUUGCUGAUGAGACGUCAACACCUUCAACCAAGCCUGAAGCAAAAGAAGACUCACCUGACAUUCCUCCAUCAGACCUCCUCAAGGUUCCUGGUGGCUUGACUGCAAAGGUUACGAGCAAUGAACGUGUUACUCCCACCACACACUGGCAAGAUGUCCGACAUCUCAAGUUUGAAAUACCAGAAGUUCGCUCCUACGUCCCAGGCGAUGUCCUCACCAUAUACCCCAAGAAUUUUCCUUCGGACGUCUCCCAUUUUCUAGAAUGCAUGGAUUGGACCUCGAUCGCUGAUGUCCCUCUACGCUUCAUUCCAUCCUCACCAGCUACUUCACCAACUGCAAGUCUUCCAAUUCGGACCUUGGAUCCCAACAGUACAGUAACUCUGCGCCAACUUCUCACCAAUCACCUUGACAUCAUAUCAAUCCCCCGCCGCUCCUUCUUCGCCCAACUUGCCCACUACACCACCGACGAAUUCCACAAAGAGCGUCUCAUCGAGUUCACAGAUCCCCAGUAUAUCGACGAGCUCUACGAUUACACGACGCGUCCACGCCGAAGCAUCCUGGAAGUCUUGCAGGAGUUUGAAUCUGUGAGAAUACCAUGGCAGCGCGUGUGUAGCAUCAUCCCUGUAUUGCGGGGAAGACAGUUUAGCAUUGCCAGUGCGAUGAACCCAACAGCAGAAUUGGAGAAAAAAACCCAGAUCGAGCUUUUGAUUGCAAUUGUCAAAUAUAAGACGGUCAUCAAAAGAAUCAGGCAGGGCGUAGCAACGAGAUAUAUCGCUUCUCUUACACCUGACCAAGAGAUUACCGUUACACUUUCGCAGGGAGGCCUCGGCGUGAGCAAGGAGGAGCUACAAAAACCCAUCGUCAUGGUCGGGCCCGGAACAGGCGUAGCACCGAUGCGAUCGUUAAUCCACCAACGCAUGUUGUGGCGGGAAGAAUUGAAACAAGCGCAGAAUGGACACUUGCAAGACCAGGUGCAAGAUCAAGCAAAAGAUUUACUAUUCUUUGGCUGCAGAAACGCAGAGUCAGACUACUUUUUCAAGGACGAAUGGGAGAAGUUGCAAUCCAAUGGCGUCCCACUAACCGUUUUUGCAGCCUUUUCUCGAGACCAACGGCAAAAAGUCUAUGUGCAAGAUCUCAUCCGCCAGCAAUCUGCCCUCAUCUUCUCGCACCUCUACCACAAGUCUGGUAUUAUAUAUGUUUGUGGCUCUUCGGGUAAGAUGCCUCAAGCAAUCCGCGAGGCACUCAUUGAAGGGUUCCAAGAGCAUGGAAACUUGGAUAGAGAAGGAGCAGAGGCGUACUUGGUAGGAAUGGAAAAGGCUGGACGUUAUAGGCAGGAGACGUGGUAG